GAACGUGUAACAAAGGUGCACUGGAUAAUUUGAGGAUGCUCCGGUUUCAUCACCAACGCAGGGGCGUUUCGCUCCCGCACGUCAGACGCAAAUCGUAUCCACACCGUUGAGGUUUCUUUCCGAGUUCAGGUGAAGUUGAACACCGUUCAGUUUUUUAGGUAGAACACGCACGUGUCUCUGGAUUCUAGUUGUGACAUCAGCCACCCUUGCAAUAACUAUCAGACAUGGCUCGGGAGAAAAUUGAAAGUAAUCACCUUUGGCUGAGUAUGGCGUGCAUUUUGGUGGUGUUAGCUCAGAGGAAUUCAACACAUCCGACGAGCGAAUCUGAACAUACCGAGGGUGGUCUACCGCUCUCCUCACCGCCAACGCCAUCAUUCGAGGGCAACUCAAGAGACUCUAGACGCUUCUCAGUAUCCAUCUUCAGAGAAAUCGCUCAAGAAAUCAGUGCCAGACUGGCCGGCAACAGCCAGAUCCUGAGCCUCAACGUGACGAACAUAAUAAUCAUCCUGAUCCUGAAGGGGAUCCUGUACGGGGCGGCGUUGAUCGGGACGGGGGCGCUGUUCGGGGGGUUCAAGCACCUGCAGCCGCACCGGAGUGACGUCAGCGGGAACCAGAUCCGGGAGGGGCUCGACCCUGACGAACCGGUCAUCAGCGAAUCAGAGGUGCUCAUGCUCCUCGGCUACCUCAUGGGCGAGACGGCCAACAAGUAUGACUGCCUCAACCGCAUCGCCUGCCAGGACCCCAAAAAGGCCACCGAGUACAUCCACGCCGCCAAGAUGCUCCUCAAGGGCUCCAACAUCUUCUACAAGAAUAACGUACCCCAGUACGCCAAAUAUCAACGGGUGCUGGACGAAUUGCAGAGAGCCGUUGACUUCGGGAAUUCAGGCGGUCAGUGCGAGGAGCUGUAUUCUUGUAGCAGCAGCUCCAACAACUAUAGCAACUACUAACUUCAGGAGUUCAAAAUAACCCUCUCAUGCAUACUGCAACUACGCCAUGCCACAACUAUUUAUAUACCUAUCUACCUCAUCUACCUCAUUUCCAAAAUAUUUCAUGCUAGGAUUUUGAUCGCAAAAAGAAAGAAUGUUGUCAGAGAUCAUUUAUUGUGACAAUGGAAUAGUCUCAUUUCAUGGCCCCCUGUUUCUUUGACUUUUUUUCAGUGGCGAGGCGUGAAUGAUCUACUAUCGAUAAUUUCCCAUUUGAAGCUAUGAUAAAGAAUCGAUUAUUAAGGUGUUGGUCUUGGGCACCCUGUCUAUGGAUCCUUUUUCAUAGGUUAAAAUGCCAGAUCAUUCGAUUUAUUGCAAAGCACGCCACGCCACUGUUUACUUCUACCAUGAGAAAAAUAAAUCGGCGAUUUUUCAUACUACUAUAGAGAAAACUCGAGGAAGCACAAAAAAA